AUGAUUUCUGUUACAAAUAGAGUUAUUGAUUAUUUCACGACAAUAGGAGUAGGAGACAAGCUUUUAAAGAAUAAUUAGUUUGAAGAAGAAGGCAAGCUAUUCAAGAAAAAAAAAAAUUUAAAGCAAAAUUAAAAAAAACUCAUUAUAAAAUCAAUUUAUCCUUAAAUAUAUAUUUUUUUUAAAAAAAAGAUCUUUAAUUUUAUUUAUAUUUACUAAAAUUUAAUAGAUUUACCACUUACAGGAUUAGAAAUUAUAUUUUAAUAUAUAAGUGAAGUAAAAGAAACAUAAUACGAAAAAUAUUUAGAUUUAGAAGGGACUAAAACUGUAUGGUUAAAAUGUUAUUACGAUAAAUAAAAUCCAGCAAUUACAGAAAUUAAUUUUCUAUAUUUUAAAACCCAAAACAAUUAUUUAGUAAAAAUGCAUAUAUAAUAAUAAUUUUUUAUUUAAAAAAAAAUAUAAUUAUAGAAAAUAAAAUAAAAAUAUAAUUAUAUUCCAGUUGCUAUAAAAAAAAACUUAGAAGAAGAAGUUUAAAAUUAAAAAAUAGCUACAAAUGAAGCAAUUGAUUAUUGGAAAGGAAAUUAUGAUCUAACAUAUAUUCUUGAUUAAGAAAAAAAAGAUAAUUUCAUUUUAGCAAUGGUUUAUAAAGUUUAAAAUAUACAUAACUACGAUAAUUAUAUUACAAAAUUAAAAAUAAUAACGGCAAAAUCAUAAAAGGAUAGUUAAAUUAAAAUAAUUGGAGGUGAUUUACAUAUUGUAAUUCCAAAAAAACACAACAUAAUUAAUUUUUCUUUUGGAAGGCCAUAAAAAAAUAGACUUAUUUGUUUUAAAUAACACGAAAGUAUUCUAGAAAUUAAAUUUAAUCCGCAUGUUAUAGAUAGAUAUCCAAUUAUAGAUCAUUAAUAUUCAGUAAUUAAUAAAAAAUAAUAAAAUUAUUAAAAAAUAAGUUUAAAAAAAUAAUAAUAAUAAAAAAAAAAGUCUUUUCCCGAUUCUGUAGCUUUAUUUUGUUUUCCUGAAGGAAUUUCUUUUAGAAGAGAUGGAAAUGUGCCUCCUUAAACUUUCAGUUUUGUCUUGACUUUAUAAGAUGGUUGUAGAAUAUAUUGUACUUGUUUAAUAUUUUAUGAAACUGCAAAUGAAAAAACAAUAUAAUAAAUUGGACAUUUUCUUGUAGAUGAUAAUAAUCUUCUUUAUUAUUAAAAAGCAAUAUGUUUAGUUUCUCAUUAUAAUUAUUUAGAUUAAUAUGAGUUUAUUUUAAAACAUUUAUAUAGAAUUUCUCUAUCUAAAAACGAUAUUCCAAUAGAAAGAAUUAUAUGUAAUAUAGUUGACGAUAUAAGGAAUAAGUAUAUAUUUAGCAAAAUAUAGUAUAUAAAAUUAAAAAAAAAAGGUUCUUUAAUAUUUGGCACUUCAAAUAAAUACCCUCCGUUUAGUUAAAUUGGUUUAAAAACACUUUUCCGGGUAUUAGAUAUAGAUAAGAUCAUAUUUUUAUUUGAAUGUGUUCUUUUAGAAAAAAAAAUAUUUCUAAUAAGUAAACACAAGAAGCUCAUAAUAUAAGUAGCUGAAGCUUUAACUAGUUUAAUUUUUCCUUUUAGAUAUAAUAAUGUAUAUAUUCCUAUUCUACCUGAAGUUUUAAAAACAUACUUAGAAGCUCCUGUACCUUUUAUUAUAGGUUUUGAAUAGAAAAUAAAUGUUUUCGAAAUUUCAUAAUCAAUGCAAAGUGAAGUAAAUAAAAACUAAAUUAUAAUUUUUUUUUUAAAAAAAAAAAAGUCUAUAUAAGCUUAUUUAGAUAGUAAUGAUUUAAUCAAUAUAGAAUGUCUACCGGCUCUUCCUGAAAAAUAUAAUAAAUAAUUGAAAAAAAGACUAUAAAAAUAUGAAAAAAUGAGUUCCAGAAAUCUACUUUAAAAAAACCUUUUUUACGAAAGAAUAGAUAAUGCAUUUGAAAAUUGUCAAUUUGGAGAAAACGAAGAGGAAGAAGAAAUAGAUCCAUAUGAUAUUAGGGAUUCUUUUUUAGAAUUCAUAUAACAUUUUAUGCAUAAUUAUAAGAAAUUUUUGAUUCCUCCUGAUAAAAAAAAAGCUAAUAAUGAAAUGAGUGAAAUAUAUGAUAUUCGAGAGUUUUUAAAUUACCAUAAAUCAUCUAAAUAAGGAACAUUUCUAUCCAAAUUUGUAGAAACAGGAAUUUUUUCAUAUUUUAUAGAAACUAGAACUUCUAUAUCUGAAUAUGAACCUUAUUAUUAAUUCUUUGAUAUAUGUUGUAAAAAAAAACGUUCAAAAAAGAACCUUUAUUAUUUAUAAAAGAAAACUUAAAUAAAAUAUUACCUAUACCUUUACCAAAUGAUUAAAAUUUAAUUAAAAAUCGUAAAUAAAAAAAUAUUUAUAUUCUUACAUAUAUAUAAUAAAUUUUAGAUAUAUAUAGUUAUAAUAAAUUCCCUUUAUUAAAUCCUCAAUUAUUUGUAAAAUGUACAGAAUAAGACAUUCCAUUUAAAAUAGAUUUCAAAUUAACUGAAAUAGAUUAAAUAGACUCCAAUGUCUUUGACGAAAAUAAAUACGCGAAAUACAUAUACGAGUAGAUACACCAUAUAUGGUUUCAAGUAUUUAUAAUAAAAUUAAAAAGAGACUUCUACAAAGCUUAUUAUAAUUCUUUAAUUGAAUAUUCUUUAUGUUUAAUCGAUUAAUUAAGAAAAAACAACUAUAUUCCUACCGAAAUAAUAUUUAGACAUGUAAUUGAAGCCUGUGGUUAUUACGGAAAAGAUGAAAAAGUACUCCUCUUAGUCUAAUAAAUGA